AUGUCGCUGUCUGAGCUAUCGCUUUUGUCGGCCGAAACUGCCAUCAGCUUCCAUGACAUCGAUCUCGAAAUAUUGCGCAAUCGUCGACAGGACAUUUGCGUGUUCAUCGCCGUCGAUGAUCAGAAUCUAAGCAAUUCCGAUGAGAAGAAUGUCUACACGUUUGGCGACUUCAAGUUCUACGUCGAUCAGGUCCACGAGAAGGACUAUAGUCGAGUAUUUUUGAAUGUCGGCAGCUCGCCGAAUUCCGAAUGGUCGCUUCUUGUGCAACUCCGAAUCAAAACCGGCCAAGAGGCCAGCGUGCUGAAUGUCGUCGAUAAGGACGUCUUCAAGUUCGACGCCUUCAGCUAUCCGAUUAACGUCGAGGUCACUUCGAGCGAUGUGAAGUAUCUCAAGUUUGAAAUGCGGGUUCUUAAUAUGCUUCACUUGGAACACCCGUUAUUCAACGAGGGCGCCAUCACCAUCGAGUUUGACGACGGCAGCACCAUUCAUAUCUACGCCAACAUUCUCGCGCUUCUUUCCGAUUAUAUGGCGAAGAUUGAGAAGUUGGCGACGACGCGAUCGGAAGCGCCGAAUCGCAUCAAGGUCGUUCACAUCGAGAAAGCCGCAUUUCUCGAGCUGCUUUAUCAAGUCUAUCCAACGCGUCGCCCGAUUUACGCGGCAUUUCGACGAUUGGUCGCCGCCGCCGUCGGCUACAAAUGCGACACGCUGAUCUACCACCUAUCCAAACAUUUGAUUGAAUACAACUACCGACCGCUGACGUUUCAUCAGCGAUUCCAGGCCGCAAUUGAGAAUCGCCUCGAGCCGGCGAUUCGAGAGCUCGCGUUUCGCGCGGCUCGCGACGGCACCUGGGAUCGCAUGAUUCAGCAGGGAUUCGAGCCCGAACAAUUUUGCGGUCGCGACGUCUAUCAUCGCAUCGUGUGUCCGGCGAUACUCGCCGGCCGACAGGCGCCGUUCGACGCCACCACACUUCGCAAUCCGACGCCGUCGCCGACCGGAUUUCUUGAGCUCGAGCCGGGCGAUGAGACGAAAAGCGUCGUGCUGUUUCGCGGCACCAAAUUCUAUGUGAAUUCGGGACUGCUGGAAGCGCACGGCAAACACAUGUUCAGCGUUGGACAGAACGGCGAGCUCAUCGCCAGAUAUACACCGGAGUUCCAGCGGGAAUGCGCUCGUGAGAACUUGCUGCCCGGCAAGGUCCUUCUGGAGCUUCUCAGCUACAUGCUGCCGAUGGGCGACCUCCCGGAUCCAACGAUGAUUCGCGCCUGCAUCGUCUUCUGCUAUGAUCACGAAUGGAAUGUGCUUAAGGAGAAUCUUGAGCUUGAACUCGAGCCGCCGAUUACCGCCAAUGAGUACAUGUCGCAAUUGGUUUUCGCUGAGAAGUUCGAGCUCGCCAACUUGAUGCGCGUCAACGUGCAGCGCGCCGAGUCGAGUUGUCGCGAGCUCGCCGAACGACUCGAGCGCGAAGGUGUGCUGAAGCAGUUGAAGCAGAACACGCGCGACGCCAUCAUGGAUCGAAUGUGCAGCGGAUGGGGUUUGAAUCCGCAGGUGAAUCGUCUGGCGACAAGAGUUCCGACCACUUUCAAUAAUCGCCUAGUGAACAUGAAGAAGGGAAAACCGCUGACAGUUGGUGAAGGACGCGCCAUCGACACGCUGAACUCGAUCGAAUCGGAAUACGCAUUUGGACAGCCGAAUGAGCUAGUGGUGCUGGAAUGA